UUCAGAUUUGCCUUCAGGUAAUUUUGCUUUACAAAUGCUUUCCCUACACAAGUUUCUCCACAAAACCCCAAAAUGUUCGCCAUUUCUGCGUGCGUUGUGUACCGCAAGCUCGUCCGUCGCCGGCAAACCGCCGGAGACACUGAGCACGUCCAGAUACGACCACCUCAUUAACAGCGCCGGACGGAGUGGAGACUUCGACGCUGUCAAACGCCUCCUUGAGAAGCGAGGAAAAGAUGGCUUGUUCAACACCAACUACACCUUCAAGUUCGUUACACAUGACAUCUCAAUGCUUGAAGAGCUCCUAGCCACAAUUGCUCGCAUAAACCAGCGAUUCGCUAGGAAGAGCGCGCACGACUGCCUCGUAGCCCGCCUCUCGAAGCUCCGGCACAUGCCCCAGGCCUUGCGCGUGGCCGAGAUCGUAGUGCGGAACGGAUACGGCUCGGACGCCCUCACGUUCCACCCUAUUCUCAAGGAGCACAUCAAGAGGGGAGACUUCGAGGAGGCCUGGCGCGUGGUGGAGGUGAUGAAGGAUUUGAAUGUCCGACCAGAUCUCACGGCCUACAACUAUUUUCUCACCGGACAUUGCUGCGCCGGAGACCUGGACACUGCGGCCGGAAUUCUAACAAAAUUGGAAGAGGAGAAGCUGGGAUCGGACGCUAGGACGUACGACGCGCUAGUUUUAGGCGCGUGCAGGGCAGGCAGAGUAGAUGUUGCGCUGAAGGUACUGAGAAGAAUGGAUGAGGAGGGGAUGCCGCCGUUGUAUUCAACUCAUGCCCACGUUAUCGGGUCGAUGGUGAGGCUGGGCUUCCACGCGCAGGCGCUGGAGUUUGUGAAGGUCUAUGCAGGGAGGGAUGCAAAUCUGGAUUACGAGAAUUUCGGGACAUUGGCUAUGAAGAUGAUCCAUCGGAGGAGAUAUGAAGAUGUGAAGGUAGUUUUAAAGGAGAUGAAGGAACGAGGCAUAGAAAUGGGAGAUAAAUUGAAGGAGUUCUGCGAUUGGGAUGCCGGAGCUGAAGAUGAUGCUAAUCCACUGCAAUAGUCAGGUUCAUAGGAGUACAUGUUCAUGGGAAAGCUGUUACUGGUCCUCCAUGUUAACCAUGGAUUCAUGAUGUGCAUCGACUGUUAGGUCUUCUUCCCGUGCUUUGCAUUGACAUUCAUGGCUAGUCUUUGGGAUUAUCAUGGUUGUGGCCUUGUGGGGGAAUUUCACUAUACUCCUGAUGCAUAUGAUGUUAUGAUUCAACAACACGCGCGUGCAUACACUAUGAGGCUUAUGGGUGCUUCCAUUUUACUAACAAGAGUGGUAAUGACAUUCAACUCUCCUUUAUUUGCCUAUUCUUGAGAAUUUUGAUGGAGCUGCAUACUUCAAUUGCAGUAGUGCCACUUUAGCUUAUUUAUACAUAUUCAUUUGUUUGGUGAGAAAUAUAUUUAUUUGGUCAUGGGUAAUAGAUUAUGUGGAUGCCCUAUACACCCGUCAUGUUGUAAGAGUUGUCCCCCCACAGGUCCAAAAUCAUUAUACAUGAAGGGCAUGUGUUCCUUUGAUUUGUUUUGAUUUUGUUGAGCAUCAACUUCUGGAUUGUGUAUUGUGUCACUUUGACUUUGAGUAGGUAUUGUGAUAUCUUUUGGCGCGUGUGUAGACCUUUAUAAGAUCGGCAUGCGAAGAAAGUGUGCAAAGGAUUGUGGUCUCUAAUACCUGUGUGGUACAUUUCUAUCUGGGAGAACCAUUAAGUUACAUUUAGACUACCUACUCACCAUUAUUAACUUACUUGGAUUGCUCCGAAAUUGAUGAUAACUGCUCAAAUAAUAUUAUCCUACAUUGAUUAUACUUCCUCCGUCCCUCAAAACUUUGCCAUGUUCAAUUGGCACUGGAUAUAAUAAAAUAAAAAAUUAAAAAUUGUGUGGUCGAUUUUUGUGUGGAGAAGAGAGAUGUGAUAGGAACCGCCAAUUAGUUGGUUAAAAAGAAAGGUGACAAAGUUUUUGUAAUAACAAAAAAGAAAAGAUGACAAAGUUUUAAGAGACGGGAGAAGUAUUUUCCAAUCUAAAUGUAACACUUGUUUCACAUUUCCGACACAUGCUUUGCAGCAUUUCCAUAAGAGCGACUGUUGAGGUUUGUGAGCACCAAGAUGUUGACACAAGAUGAAAUUAUGUCAGAAAUUGCUUCGUAAUGUGCUGAUGCACUGGGUUAAGUUGACUAUGACCAUCUUUUACAUUUGAGCUCCUCUCAAUAUUUAACGUCAACCACAGAACCACAUCAGGCACACAUCUAGAGCAACAUCAUCUCAACUAAUAAACCGUGACAUGGAUGAUGAAUAUGAAGACUUGUAACUUGUCUCCACUACUUUUUUAAAGAACAUGGUUUUGUAAAUCUUAUGAAACAUUGCAUAACUGUACUUAUGUAUGUCCACAUACAAAUGAGCUGUGUGUUGUAUUAUUAAUGUCUUGUUGCUUUCAAAAUUUGGAUUGUUGCGUACUUGUGUCAUUAAAAUGAUUAAUUUUGUGUGACGGUUACUUUUUGUAUGCUAUGUUCACAAAUUUGUUUGUUGA